AAUUGUUGAUUCCUGGUGAUAGGUACAUGAGGGAUCAUUAUUAAAAGUGGAUUCACUUUUGCCUAUGUUAAAAAAACUUCCCCUAACAAAUAGUUUCAAAAAAGCAGAGGAAGUGCCUACAUUACGUGAUCUCUGUUGAUUUAAUGCCCAGGGGUCAGUAAAUGGCAGCAGCGUGCAGUUAACAGCCACAACAUCACGGAGCCCUCGGACGCUGUGGCCCUGGGACCAGAGCUCGAAGCGCCAAGGCUCUGCGUUCAGGAGCUGGAUCCCUCAGCUCGCAGAAGCAGCCCCGCGAAAAGGGGAUGUCCGAAAUGAGAGGCAACCACUUUAGAAGGUUCUGAAAUUUUCCAGGGAUUUCCGAAGGAGGUUACAAAUCGCUGCUGCAUUUGAGCAGCAGCCUUUUCCGCAGCCUCUGGCCCUGCAGCGCUGAACUGAAUAAUACAGAACACACCCUUACAUUUGAAUUUGAGUUCCAGCCGAGGUUACCAUAGCUACGGUGCACACAGCCGCUCCGCGUACCUAUUUGGACCCCUGCUGCCCGGAGGGGAGAGGAGGCACCAUGAGCCAAACCGUGACCGUCGUGGAGCCCCAGGCCAAGCAGCAGGGGUCUCAAACCCGGUGCAAGGUGAAUUCGGGGGCCAAGGGCCACGUCUCCUGCAGCCGAACGUAUGAUUACCUGUACGAUCCAUUGUUUACUGUGUCAAGUGAGCAAGACCACGCACAGGCAAAUGUCCAAGCAUUCCUGAGUCGAAGCAGACUGAGGAAAGUUCCCAGGUUUAGGACUAUGUUCAGUAACCUGAUCCAUUAUCCAAGACAUUCUCUAUAUUGGAGCAAGGCAGAUCCCGUCCCACCAUUCAUCAGUCGGGAAUGGAGGGGACAUGAGCAGAAACGGAGAGAAACCCUCCAGCAACUUGGCAUAUAUGACACUUCUUUUCAAAUGCCUAAAGAAGUUUAUGAAGAUCCUGAUGUUACUGGGAAGAAUCGCUAUAAAUAUUUUGAAAGGCCGUUCCUUCCAUUCUUUCAGCAGAUGCCACCCACUGUUGCUUUGGCAUCAACCAAAAAAGAGACAUAUACUUUUCCUCCUGGUUCAUCUAAGCGCCCACCCACCCCUUCAAAGUAUACUGUGGGCAUUCAGACGGAUUAUCGUGAUUCUGAAGUUCAAACAGAUCCGUAUUCUCCAGAAUAUAUAAUAUGUCAGGAUUCAAUCCCUGAGCUCUUGACCCUGGCUACUCUGACUUGGGGUCGAGGUCUCCCGGCAGGACAAGCUGAGGUGGAGAUGAUAGAACGUGCCAGGGAGAAGCGUGCCUGGGAAGCCACUCUCCCGCCUCUGACUGACAUCUCCCACUUUGAGAAGAGGAGGAAGAUGAUGAAUGAGAUGGAGAGGAAGGAGUGGGCCUUCCGAGAGCAGGAGAUUCAAAAAUUGCAGGAGAUUCGCCUGGAAAUUCUAAAAGAGCUGCUGAGGAAACGUCUCAAGAAAAGCAAUGAAAUGACUGUGAAGCACUUGAAUGCCCAAUGGUCUAACCUGCAGGAAGCAAAGGAGGCAAAAUUGGCAAAAAUUCGUCGUACACAUGUAUCAGCAAUCAGAAAACUUAUGGGAAAGAGAAAGAAUGUAGAAGAGAAGUUCGAGAGAAGAAAUAUCAUCAAGGACUAUUCUGAUUAUGCAUCACAGGUCUAUGGACCUCUGUCUCGCCUUGGUCGUUUCCCAGACAAUGAUGAGGACAUUGCAGUAAAAAAUCACUAUCUUGACACCUAUGAAGGAUUAGUCGAACUUGAGUCCUGUCUCCCAGAUUUUGUGACACAGCCCCGAAUCAAAGCUCCAAAACCUAAAGUCACAACCACCAAAGCUGGCUUUCUAAAGAGGGCGGCAAAGCUGGAGAAUGAGUUGGCAGAGGUUCAUAAGGCACUGUUGGAUAAGAAGAAUAAGGUUCCUGAACCAAAGAAACCUCUGCUCUUUCUUCAAAGAAAGCCAAUACCUCAACCUCGGCUUCCAACUCCAACCUUGGAAAUGACUUCCACUGAAGAAGAAGAUAUAGAAAAGGCUGUCAUCUUCCUUCAAAAGUUACUCCGGGGCAGAGUCGUUCAGAAUGUGAUGUUUGAAGGGAAAGAAAAGCGACUGGAGUUGAUCCAGGAGCUGCGCGCCACCCACGUGCUACAAGACGAUGACAGGCUGGUGAGGAAAACGGAGAAGCAAGUGACACUGGCCCUGCAGCGGCAGAGGAACUUGCAUGAACACAAGGUGUCACUAGUUGAAAACCAUCUGACUGGACUGGAAGGAAGGGUGCUGGCAGACAUGUUCGACUUCCUGUCCAAAGAGCUGGUGAGACUCCAGGAAGAGAGGAGAAUCCAUGCCUUUGCCAUGCUGGCCGAACGACAGCGGAGGAUGCGGGAAGCUGAGGAGAGUGGUCGGCGACAAGUGGAACAGAGGCGCCUGCGGGAGGAGGACGAGAUAUUUAAGGAGGUGGUUAAAGUUCACCAGAGUACUAUAUCUUCAUACCUGGAAGACAUAAUACUGAAAACCGAAGACAAAACUGCAGAAGAACAAGCCAGGGCGGAAAUUGAGAAGAAGGCUAAGGAAAUCAAUGACAUUGCUUAUGAAAUGGAAAGCCGUCGAACUCAGCUUCAGUCAGAGGAGAUUGUUGCUGAGUUGGUUUAUAGUUUCCUGAUCCCAGAGGUGCAAAAGGAGUUCGUCAAAGAAAAAGUGAGGAACGCACAGCGGAAGCAUAUUCUUGCAGCCCAUCAGAUUAUCCACAGGCACACAGGAGACAUGCUUGCAAGGGACUUUGCUGAGCAACCGCAAGAUGAGCACUGACAAGUUACUUAAGGAAAAAACUCAAAGUGAGAAAGACAGCUAAGGUGAGUUUGAUUUUUCCAUUUGGAAGUAAGUAGAGAGGAGGGAAAGUAGCAUUAUUCAGCUUUGAGCUAUCUAUGAUAAUAAAAGCAUAAUAUGCAAAUCAA